AGGGCUUCCCGGGGAGGGGCUGCAGGCGCGUCUUAAGCUCUGUGACGCGUCGCCGUUGCCGCAGCCGCGCAGUGGGCGCCGUGGGUAUCUAGCGGGUUUGCGAAGCGCCGCCAGGAGUUGCUGGGCUCUCUGAAGAAGUUCCUGGAUUUCAAGUUAAAAAUCUGCAUUCUAAUCUGAACCGUGUGGAGAAAGGGUGGGUGGUGGGUGCUAUUCCUACUUGGAGGACAGGAUGUUUUUCAAACUAGUACAUUUGCAGACCAUUGCCGUGCUUCGUCGUGGAAUUCAUUCUUCAGUGGCUUCUGCUACAUCUGUUGCAACUAAAAAAACAGUCCAAGGCCCUCCAUCCUCUGAUUACAUUUUUGAACGAGAAUCUAAAUAUGGUGCACACAACUACCAUCCUUUGCCUGUAGCCCUGGAGAGAGGAAAAGGUAUUUACCUAUGGGACGUAGAAGGCAGAAAAUAUUUUGACUUCCUGAGUGCUUACAGUGCUGUCAACCAAGGGCACUGUCAUCCAAAGAUUGUAGAUGCUCUGAGAAGUCAAGCAGACAAAUUGACCUUAACAUCUCGGGCCUUCUAUAACACCGUGCUCGGUGAAUAUGAAGAGUAUGUCGCCAAACUUUUCAACUACCAUAAAGUCCUUCCGAUGAAUACAGGAGUGGAAGCUGGAGAGACUGCUUGCAAACUUGCUCGCAGAUGGGGAUAUGCUGUUAAGGGUGUUCCGAAAUACAAAGCAAAGAUUAUUUUUGCAGCUGGAAACUUCUGGGGUAGAACAUUGUCUGCUAUCUCUAGUUCCACAGACCCAAGCAGUUAUGAUGGUUUUGGACCAUUUAUGCCAGGUUUUGAAGUCAUUCCAUAUAACGACCUGCCUGCUCUUGAGCGUGCUCUUCAGGAUCCAAAUGUUGCUGCAUUCAUGGUAGAGCCAAUUCAGGGUGAAGCAGGUGUUGUUGUUCCUGAUCCAGGCUACCUGAUGGGUGUGCGAGAGCUCUGUACCCGGCACCAGGUUCUGUUUAUUGCUGAUGAAAUACAGACAGGAUUGGCCAGAACUGGUAGAUGGCUGGCUGCUGAUCAUGAAGAUGUCAGACCUGAUAUAGUUCUUCUUGGAAAGGCACUUUCUGGUGGCUUAUACCCCGUGUCUGCAGUGCUGUGUGAUGAUGACGUAAUGCUGACCAUUAAACCAGGGGAGCAUGGGUCCACCUACGGUGGCAAUCCGCUAGGCUGCCGAGUGGCCAUUGCAGCCCUUGAGGUUUUGGAAGAAGAAAACCUUGCUGAAAAUGCAGACAAAAUGGGUACUGUGUUGAGAAAUGAACUCAUGAAGUUACCUUCUGAUAUCGUAACUGCUGUAAGAGGAAAAGGAUUAUUAAAUGCUAUUGUAAUUAGAGAAACCAAAGAUUAUGAUGCUUGGAAGGUGUGCCUGCGACUUAGAGAUAAUGGACUUCUGGCCAAGCCAACCCAUGGUGACAUCAUCAGGUUUGCCCCUCCUCUUGUGAUCAAGGAGGAUGAGAUUCAGGAGUCCGUGGAAAUUAUUAACAAGACCAUCCUGUCUUUCUGAGGGCAGUGACUGUUUUCAGUGGCACCUGGGAGCUGGCCGGAGAUGGCAGUUCGUUGAUGUCCUAUGAACCCUCUGUGUCUGUGCUUAACGUGGGCGCACUUCACUCCCCUGUGUCUUCAAGGACUUUUUUAAAACAAAAGAUUUUUUUUUCAGUGCAUACAUAACAAUGACAUUUAUAAACAAAACAUGUGUUUUGUUGUGUAAUGUAACUAGGAGAAUGUAAUGGCAUCUGUACUUGAUUAUUUGUGCUCAUGUGCUUUCUCAGGUGAAAGGCACCUCUGUAUGUAGUCAGCCUUUCACUCAAGCCCUUCAGGAUAAUUUAUAUGUGUUCUAUAAUAUCCUUGCUGGUAUAAAUGUUUUGCAUUUGAAAAAGUUACAUGGGUUAUUACACAUAUGACUCGCUUAACCUAGUAAAGUUGAACCAUAAUCAUUGAAUUUUAGGAAGGGUUAAUGGUUAAGCUUAUAUAAAAUACUAGACUUAAGUAACUUCAUAGUCCCAGCAUCAGGAUGUAUUACCAUUUUGAAUUGAGAAUUAAUGUUUAACAUUCCCAAAUUAUGUUUUAAGUGUUUGAUAUAAUUUGAAAAAAAAAAAGUUUAUUUUGUUUUUCUUUAAAUUUAAAAUAAAGCUUAUGUGUAUUUUAUUGUCA